AUGAGGUCUAGGUGGAGCAUGCUCCCGGAGGAGCUGAGGCUUCAAGUGCUGGAGACCCUGGCGCAGAGCAGCUUCGAGAAGCAUGGGUUGACCAAUUACGCUCUCGUCUGCAAGUCGUGGCAGAAAAUAUUCGAAAAGGCAAAUUUUCGCAGCCUGACCAUAGAUGAUGAUGACUUUCUCCGUCUCGCCAAGAUCCCAAAACGUUGUUGGCCAUACGUUAAACACAUCUGGCUUCGCAUUUUGCUUGAGAAUUACUCCCCCUUGCAAAGGACAGGAUCAGUAAGGCCGGAACUGCUGGAAGAUACAGCGGCAUACAAUGACCGGAUCGAAGGCACCAUAGUGAGGCUCUUUUCCAUACUCAGCUCCUGGGAAAAGGUGGUUAAGCCAGAUGCUCGUGGCAUAACUCUGGAGUUGAGCGUCCAUUCGCCGAGCAACUCUACCUACAUCCCCAGAGGAGUGCAUGCAAAAGGUCUUGAUAUGCGCGUGCCGUUUACGGAGAAUCAAUAUCGAACUACCAAUAAUAUUGAACUCGCUGCGUCCAGAGCACUUGGUGGAUAUGUGCACAUCAGAUUCGACAAUCAGCUUCCUCGGCUGAAGCUGGUAAAAACACUUCUCAUACCUAGACAUACUCGUCGACGUUUUACUUCAUUUACGCUACAUCAAAUUAUCAGCAGACUGCCAAACCUGGAAUACUUGGCCUAUGAGCCAUGGAAACAGCCCUUGGAAACAAUCCAGGACAUGGUCGACGCAGGAUAUGUGAAUCUCAUAAAAGGUUCGUUACCUGCGACAUUGAAACAGCUUGUCUUCUUGGAAGAUCGAAAUGAAAUUAUGGUGACAACUGCUCUCACGCCAUCGAGCGCGGCGAACGAGAAACACGUUCGAAAACCAAACUACAACAAUGGCGUGGCGCUGGCGAAUAAGUCCCUCGGAUUUGAGAACAUCGCGGCAACCUUUUUCAUCGAGGCAAGAGACUUCUUCCAGGCGUAUAAACCAGAGUGGGUCUGGCGAAACUUGCGAUCUCUGACAUUGACAUCGUAUCUCCUGGAUUCUAACCGAGAUGUUGACGAGAUUAACGGGAUGCUCCUAGCGGCUGGCGUGGCCGCACUUGCGAUGCCCAUGCUCCAAACCCUGGAAAUAUGGAAUGGCGGCUUAGGAUAUGCGGCUAUUUUCGCCUACUAUGCUGAACGCGGUGAAGCCGUCGUCUCGUGGACUGGCACCUGGGAGCUGGUCUUUGGCCCAUAUGUCCUUGACAUCUGGCGAAAGGUGGGAUAUAAAAAUCAUCGCAGCGAGAAAUUGGAUGUAGAGCACCGUCUCAUCGAGAAUAUCGAAGAAGUACGGGGAUAUGUAGACGUUAUUGAACUGCUCAGGACGAAGAAACACGUCAUCAACCGGCAGUCAUUGGACGAGCUACGAUACGAAAUGGAGAAUAACUGUAUAUGCUUUCCCUAG